GAGAAGUGGGAAAUAGACAAUUCUGUUGCCCGUUUUAUCAGUUUUAUUCCAAUGAAUACAAGUUAAUUAACUCCAACUCCUCCGCCAGCCUGAGAGACGCAACCUUUUCCUGUUUAAUGCAAAAAGGGAAAUUACGGUUUUAAAGAACCUGCUUUUUAGUUCUUGAUCAAUAAGAAAUACUUGAAAUUACAUCGGUCUCUACAACUUACUUUCAAUGCAAUAUUAAACCAAAGAUUACUAAUGUAAUACAUGCAUUAAUAGAGUUUAAUUCUUCCAAGUCUUGUCACAAAAGAAAAAGGGUCCUUCAGUUUAAAGAACUUGUGGUUUGUCAUAGUCCUAAAUACAAUAUUAUCCUAGGCCGGUAUGCUAUAUAAGGCUACCUAAAGCCCUACUUGUUAUGUGCCCCAGUGCUGGAGCUAUUCCUGUGUGGGCCGGUUUUCAGUAAUCAACAGUAUUUACAGUAACUGCAGGUCAACUGAUGCUAAUCACAGCGUAUUGACAGUAGGAGCUGAUUGCCGUCUAUCAGCGCGGGCAUCAGUUGUAAAGUAAGGUCCAACAGGAGACAUUGUUUUUGUCCAUAGUUGGAGCAUGAAGUAGACUUCCAGGAGAAUAAAGUCAGAACAGAAAAUAAUCACAUAUGGGCCUUAUCCUCUUGGUAGAAAAGCCAGAUUAUGAGUCUUCCAAACGAGUGCUUUCUAUGUGUCCAUAUGUUUCAAAAAGAAAAUCAACUCAAACUUGUUUAAACGAAAAAAAUAAAAAAUAAGGAAAGGGACACCAGAGCACCUUUAAACGAGGUGACGCAAAUGACAAAAUGAAUCUGAUCCUUGAUCAAUACAUCAGCCUAUAUUAAGAUGCACUUUAUUAUUGCAUUUCCUUAAAAGUGGGAUCGCCACACAUUUUUUGUAAUCUGAUUUAAGGAACAAUAAAAAAAUAUCGGAAUGUUAAAAUAUCUGUUGAUAGAUUUUCUAGGCGAAAUACUCCCCUUCCAAAUGACAAUGGACAUGCAUGCUAGCGCUCGAGGCUCCGCUGCACAAGUUGCUACCUAUCUGAAUGAAAUGGAAGUUUAACCGAGAACCAAGGUUUUAUUAUCAUAAGUCCUUCUUGUGUUUUAUUUUUAUUUAUUUGUUUUAUUCCGGCUUUAUAACAGGGUUGGAUGAGUGCCCGAACAACGACGAGACUGUUAUCCGAAGUUAGCUAGCUAGACAGUCAUAACCAUUAGUCACGAUUAUGACUAAUCGCGAUGUCGCUCCCUUCUUCUCUCAGACUCCCCCCCCAUCAAUACCCCGAGAGUGUCUCCCAUGUUAGGCCUGCAGAGUCCCUACGGUAUAUAGCCGAAAGUCGUGUGGCCUGAUUCUGGAACAGAGCAGAAAGGGCGUGAAUACAGCAGCAUGACGUCGGGAGGACCCCCUGGCCCCCCGCUGAGCCCGGCCCCCUCUGCCCAGGACCGCUUCCUACGCCCCUGCAGGCCUUAAGGGGUUAUGGUCUGGAGGUUCCUCCUUCAGGAGGGUCCUGUCUGGAAGUCUCCCCUUCAGGGGGAUAAGAUCUGAAGUGUUCUUGAGUUGGAGAGCUACGCGUCACGUUUAUCGAGAAAUAAUGCGAGAGAGGGAGAGAGAGAGGGAGAGAGAGAGAGAGCGAGCGAGCGCGCGCGAUGUGUUGAGUUGUGUUGUGGGAGGAGAGUUCGCUGACGACAUCCCACACUAUGAUAAAGCCCUUCUGAGGAGGAGGACAACCUGAGUUCACAGCAGACCUUGACGCAGAGAGAUACCGGCACCUUCUGGACAUCAUCAUGGAGUUAUAUUCCAAAGACAUGAAGAAACCCAAGCGGCUGUUCGGGAACAUCAAGCUGUUCGUGCUGUGCCACGGCCUGCUGCAGCUCACCCAGCUGCUCUACAGCUCCUACUUCAAGAGCUCCAUCACCACCAUAGAGCGGCGCUUCGGCUUCAGCAGCACCUCCUCCGGAACCCUGUCCUCCCUCCACGAGGUCGGCAACACCAUCCUGAUCGUGUUCGUGAGUUACUUCGGGAGUCGCGUGAACCGUCCGAGGUUCAUCGGUCUGGGCGGCCUUCUGAUGGCGGUCAGCGCCCUGAUGCUGACGCUGCCCCACUUCCUGUACCCCCCCUACGAGUUCGACUCCGUGCUGCACGACCGCCAUGACCUCUGCCGGGCGGCGGCCAACGCCAGCGCCCCGGCGGCGUGCGGGGCGGGCCAGGAGGCCCUGCGGAUCAGCGCGUCCCACCGGGUGUGGCUGCUGAUGGGGGGGGCCCAGCUGCUGUUCGGGGUGGGCUCGGUGCCCAUCCAGCCCUACGGCCUCUCCUACAUCGACGACUUCGCCGGAGCCGCCAACGCACCGCUCUACAUCGCCAUCCUGUUCUCGGUCUCCGUCUUCGGGCCUGCGUUCGGCUACCUGCUGGGCUCUGCGGCACUCCGGGUCUACGUCGACGUGGACAAGACUGGAUCAGCGAGCCACCAGGAGCUGACCCCAUACGACCCCCGCUGGGUGGGGGCGUGGUGGAUGGGUCUGCUGGUGUCCUCGUGCUGCCUGGCUCUCACCUCCAUCCCCUACUUCUUCUUCCCCCGCAGCAUGCGCCGGCAGAGCCAGAUGAAUGGGACCGAAGCGACCACAAGACUGGAACCAGAAGAAACCAAGAAACAAAAGUCGUCUUUGUUGGACUUCCUGAAGAUGUUUCCCAGUCUGCUGGUGCAUCUCCUGCUCAGUCCGUUCUUCCUCAUGCUGGUCCUCUCCCAGUGCUGCUUCUCAGCCGUCAUCGCCGGCUUGGCCACCUUCCUCAACAAGUUCCUGGAGCACCAGUACAGCGCCUCGCCCGUGGAGAGCAGCCUGCUCAUUGGUGCGGUGAACCUGCCCUCGCUAGCGGUGGGGAUCUUGGUGGGCGGGAUCAUCAUGAAGAGGGCGGGGCUAUCGCUGAAGGCCAUCCCCCGCUUCUCGGUGGUGGUGCUGUCCCUCUCGGCCCUGCUCCUCGUCCCGGUCUUCUUCAUGGGCUGUUCCUCCCAGGACGUGUUCGGGGUCAACCCCCCACACGCCACCCCCUCCGGGGCCGUCUGUUACUCUAACUGCUCCUGCCCCGAGGGGGGCUAUAACCCGGUGUGUGGGUCCGACGGGGUGGAGUACGUCUCCCCCUGCAACGCCGGCUGCACCAACUUCACCCGGCACCCCAACAACACCUUCAAGGUCCAGGUGUAUACCAGCUGCAGUUGUGUGACGGACCUCCAGGCCCAGGCCGUGCCGGGCCACUGCCCCAACAGCUGUCCCCACCUGCUGCUCCCCGUCAUGCUGACCAUCUCAUUUGCUGGGCUGAUCGCCAGCCUCUCCCACAACCCCAUCUACAUGAUGGUGCUCCGAACCGUUCCGCCUGAGGAAAAGUCUUUCGCCAUCGGAAUCCAGUUCAUGCUCAUGAGGGUACUCGCGUGGCUUCCCGCUCCGGCCCUCUUCGGCAUGGCCAUCGACUCGUCCUGCGUCUGGUGGAAGCGCAAGUGUGGCAGCAAGCUGAGCUGUGGUUACUACGACAACAACACCUUGAGGAACAGGUACCUGGGUCUGAUGCUGGCCUUCAAGUCCAUGGGCAUCGUGUUCCUGGUCAUGCUGGGCUGGAAGCUGCGGAGGACCAGAGAGUACAGCCUGGAGAAGACGGAGGAGGGACCGUUGUAACGGGGACGGCUCCACCGCCACAGCCCGCCCGUUAACAGCCGUAGCUGUGUAGCUCUGUUCGCGCCCUGGCGCCGUUACCCCCCGUUACCGCCCCCGCCUGGUGUUACACUGGCUGGUGUUACACUGGCUGGUUGUUACACUGACUGGUGUUACACUGGCUGGUGUUACACUGGCUGGUGUUACACUGACUGGUGUUACACUGACUGGUGUUACACUGACUGGUGUUACACUGGCUGGUGUUACACUGACUGGUGUUACACUGGCUGGUGUUACACUGGCUGGUGUUACACUGACUGGUGUUACACUGGCUGGUUGUUACACUGGCUGGUGUUACACUGACUGGUGUUACACUGGCUGGUUGUUACACUGACUGGUGUUACACUGACUGGUGUUACACUGACUGGUGUUACACUGGCUGGUGUUACACUGGCUGGUGUUACACUGGCUGUUUGUUACACUGGCUGUUGUUACACUGACUGGUGUUACACUGGCUGGUGUUACACUGGCUGGUGUUACACUGGCUGUUUGUUACACUGACUGGUGUUACACUGGCUGUUGUUACACUGGCUGGUGUAACAGUGUUACAACCAGCCAGUGUAACACCAGCCAGUGUAACACUGGCUGGUGUUACACUGGCUGGUUGUAACACUGGCUGUUGCUACACUGGCUGUUGCUACACUGGCUGUUGCUACACUGGCUGUUGCUACACUGGCUGGUGUUACACUGGCUGUUGCUACACUGGCUGUUGCUACACUGGCUGGUGUUACACUGGCUGGUGUUACACUGGCUGGUGUUACACUGACUGGUGUUACACUGGCUGGUGUUCCACUGUCUGUUGCUACACUGUCUGUUGCUACACUGGCUGUUGCUACACUGUGCCCCAGUGUGCCCCCUGAUUGGAUGCUGAUUUAAGCUCGUUUCCGCUGCAUUCUAAAGGUCAAAACCCUCUUUUGGACCAACUGUCCAGACUUAAGCUGCGCUGGUGGAAACGACACAAUCCACGACUCGAACUUUGACCUCAGUGCCAUGACCUCAAAUUACCUCCUGUUUAAAGUAGGAUUUAUUUUUAUGAUGUGUGAACCUCAAAUUGGGACGUUUUUAGAGAUAUAUAUUUUUAGACAGAUGUUGAGAUGCAGGUGAGUGUCGGGACAGAAUGGGAGCAGACCAGUCCACCACCGUCUAAGUGCCAGUAUAAUGCUCGACUAUGUGAAGGAUUACGUUUGCAUUUUCACAGGACUGAACCGAUUCAGGUGUCUCGUUGCGUACGGGCAACAUUUUUAUGCUUUAGCUUAAUAUUUAAGUUCAUCAUGCAGUCUGUCUCAAAGAACUGAGGCCAAUGUGACCGGAUAUAAUCAUUGUUUGAUCCAUUUAUACACUGUUACUCAAUACAAUAUAUUUACAGUAUCUUACUUCUACAAAGUAGGAUGUUUACUGGCAUCAUGGAAUUAGUUUUUUUUAUUAUAAUUGUGUAUUAUUGAAAUGUGUAUUUUGUUAUUAUAAAAGAGUAUUUUUCCCGGAAAUAAAAAGUUUGAAAUUAAAUGUUCAUUCUGUUGAUCCUGUCUCUCUGCCAAAGUCUAGUCUAGUAUUAAGUUGUUUAACGCGUUAUAAAGGGAUGGCUACCGUACCGUCCUCACC